UUUCAAAGUUAUUUGACAUACUUUCUACCAUAUUUCAACAUGACAGUUUCGUAAUUUCGCAUAUAUUUUAUUAAUGAUUCCAAUCAUUAUUUUCUAAAUUUUAGUUACUUUUUAUUCACAUGCAAACCUACAAAAUUUGCAAUACAGAUUUAAGUUAUUUUUCAAAAACUAAAGAUGUAGUUGAAGAACAACAACAAACUUCUAAAUGUACAAUUCUAAAGAAAGACAACGGGAAAUGGUUCAGUCCACGAAGGCUCUCACCAGUUCAUAAUAAAGACUCGGUGCCUUCAAUUACCACGAUAUCUCAGAUGAGAAAGCAGACUUACCAAAGCGCAAAUAACAUAUAUGCUGAGAACGAAAAUUGGUAUUAUCGUUUCAAUCCGAUAACGGCAAGUUGGCCAAUCAACUUUCGACCAAUAUUGGAGAAUAAAUCAAUUGGUACCGUACCGUCAAGUGGUAGUAUAAAGAGUGAUGGUUUGUUAAAACAUAGGAGUACCAUAACAACGUUGAGUGGAUCUGGAAAAGAGACGAGGGAUGCCGCUAAUUUCGUAGCUCCUUGUCCUAAACAUAUACAUAGACUCGCACUUCCUCCUUUCAAGAAUCCUUUGAAACAAAAAGAUACAACCCAGUUUGCAGAUGGUCAGAAAAUUAAUAAAUGUCCCCUAGUUACCAAAGGACAGCAUUUUACCAUCGGUACCCAAGUGAGUUUGAUAUUCAUUGACCCUAAAAAUGUGAACAAUAUGUAUAAAACGAACGACGAUAUCUCAAUUCGAUCUAAAGUGAAAAAUGGAAAAACCAAACAUUCUGGAAAAUCCAAUACAAGCAUUAGUAGUUGGGAUUAUUUUGAUGAUAGGUUACCGGAAAAUAGGCGUUGGGAGGAAAAACGCAUUACAGGAAUAUCAACCAGGCAAAGGUCCAAUCCUAUACUAACCCGUUCGAAACAGGAAUUGUAUAAAAAUUUAGAUAGUCCCUCGGCACAAAUGAUGACCGGCAAUGGUGGCAGAAACUACUUUCCCGGUAAAAAAUAUAACAAACAAUUAUUCCAUGUGUAUCCUAUGCAGUGUUCCUCCAAUUAUAAACAUCCUGAUAUAGACAGAGAAGAUACUGAAUUACAUAUGUCGUCGAAACCUGAACGCGUGAUACCGACAGUGAGAAAUUCUUCAGGAACAUUAAAUUACAAUGAAAUAGACAACCAAGAAAGUAGAAUGAAUAACUAUUUCAGUUCAGGAUUACCGAAAAAAAAUACAUAUAAACUUCCCGAUUCGGACGAAUUCGUAAACAGAAAUUCUCAAUUAACAUCUUCUGUCGAAGCUAUACCAGCAACGUUCAAAGAUUCGAUACCGAAAUGCUCGUUGCACAACAACGUCGGCUGUCAAAAUUCAAUAUGUAAAACCAAAUCAUCUUAUUUGCUAAGAAGACACCGUUAUUAUGAAGCUAUAAUGGAUCAGGUACAUUAUAUAAAGCGGAGAAUCAAAUCUUUGAAUUUUACUCUGAGAGAUGUGGAGCAGCUCUUCAGUUUAAUUGAAAAAGCUAAUGAGGAUUUAAUGAACUAUCCGGAAGAUCCUAAAGAUAAAUUGUUGGCGAAGAAAAACAAACUUAAAUGGGAAGGUUUCCAUAAAAAAGUAAAAUCCAGUAAGGACGAAACGAAGUAUACCCUGGACACAAUCAAACAACUUGAACAACUCUUUGAUACGGUUUUGAUGAACAUUGAAAUGUGCGAAAACAAAUUUGAUCCGUCUGAUAAACAGCUUGGUGAUAGACGUAAUUUACAACUGAGUUUGAUCGAACUUGAAGAAAAUCUAAAAGAAUUUGAAUUUUUGAGAAAUUGUAAAAAAGGUUGGAUACACAAGCAACUGAUUCUUCUAAACGAUUACGAGAUGGAACUAAUCAAAAUUCGAAAUAUUCUACAAAGUAUUAUCUUAUCAUAAAAACUUUUCGUGAAAUAUUGUAAUUUGUAAUAUUUAAAACAGCCUAUAGGUCGAAUAAAAGUUUUCAUUUCUAAAAC